UCCCCCGGCGCCACGGGAGUCCGCUGUCAUUUCUUACAGUGGGAGGGACUCCCCAGCCCCCCCCUCCGGAACUCCCCUCCUUCGAUCUUAAAAUAUUUCACCAGUUGCUCCAACGACCUGCCUCUGCCUGCGACAUCGCCAGUGUCGUGAAAUCUUUCGAGUUUAAGUUUUCUUUGUUCGCUUCUAACUUUAUUGUUUGAACAAAUAUUUGAAGGAAUUUCAUAGUGUAUGUGUAAGUGUGUGUGAUGUAAAAUGCCCGGCUCUCUCGGACACAUGGCUUCCAGUUCGUACGUGAAAGAGGAGGUUCACCUGAUGGACCUGAGCGGACCUCCAGACGACAGGUACUACACCCAGGACCUUCUACCUUGUAGACUCCCGGACAUGUUCCCUGGCUACUACACCCCUCAGGUCACUCCACCGGAAGACCGGAAGAGGAAACGCUCUCAGGAAUGGAACGUCUCCGGAGGAAAGUUGAGGAGAAGGAACUCCACCGCGUCGUCCGAGGAGCUCCAGAACCAGAGGGUGUUGGCGAACGUGAGGGAGCGACAACGCACGCAGAGUUUGAACGAAGCAUUUGCGUCCCUGAGGAAGAUCAUCCCUACGUUACCUUCGGAUAAGCUGAGCAAGAUACAGACACUCAAGUUGGCCGCGAGGUACAUCGACUUCCUCUACCAGGUGCUGCACUACGCGGAGACUGACGAUAUGCCGGAGUCGGACCCUGAGGAUUCCACAGGAGGAAGGACCAGCCCCAAUGGUCGCACUAUGACCUCAUGCAGCUACAUGGCACAUGAGAAGCUUAGCUACGCCUUCAGUGUUUGGCGGAUGGAAGGAGAAUGGAAUACUGGAGGGCAGAUUUAAAAGAACUACCGAUCAACUUAUGACGACAUAUAAAAGUAAAAAUACAUUGCAGCGUUGAUUAUGGAUAUAAGUAGGCAUUCUAUUCUUAUAAUAAAUUUGUAGACAGUUUUGUAAUAAAAAUGAACGAAGUUGAUCUGAGCCCUGACAGAAUCCAAUGAAGUAAAUUACUGAUUUUUGUCAAAUACGUCAAUUUUUUAAGCGAACCAAUCGUAAAAUAUAUCAUUUUGUAAGCUAUAAUAUCUUUUUAGUCUGAUAAACUAUUACUAAAUACACUGGGAGAAAAUAGAAUACACAGCAAACUGUGUGAAUGGCUAAUUUGACGUUCUUUUGAAUUGAUUGGUUGCAGCUGGUACAUAUAGAUGACUACUUCAAAAUCCGAAAGUUGACAAACUUGUUCUCCCUUUUGGUAUAAAAAAAAUGUUUUUCCAUUACUAUGUGUCGUUGUUAAAAGGGCAAAGUUUCUAUAAACCUUAGUGCUGAUUCAGGAUAAAAUGUUUUACAAAAUUGUUGCAUAAUUUUAACAUAAUUAUUGGGGGAAACUGUAAAUUUGUGACAUCAACUCAGACAUCAACAUAGAGGUCAAGUAAAUUAUUGUACUCUAUUCCAAAAUUUACAGUUUAAUUUAAUACAAAUUUUCCUGUAACUUGCAAAAAGAUACUCCAUGUUUCCAUCUUGUUUUGACAGAAUGUUCAACUUUUUACUCAAACCAAAGUAUUAUUUUAGUAAUCACAUUACUAGUAGUAUUACAAUUCCAGCUAAAUGUUGGGUAAGCCUGUUAAUUAUCACAACCAUCAACAUCCAGUUGCAAUUUAGAAUCUGUAAGACUCCUUGUUAUAUUGUCAUCUACUAAAAAAAUAUAUCAACGACAUUUAGUAACAGUUUAUGGGCACAACUCACAUUUUUAUCACACCGUCAAUUUAGCUAUUUGAAAAAUUAAAUAUAAACUUAUAAGCGGUAUUCAAACUGAAACCGAAAGUAUAUUCAUUAAUUAAAAUGUAUACAAUAAUACUGAUUCUUUUAGUGCCUUAAAAUAUCCUCUGAGGUACUCUUAUAGGUAAAACCUAAGCUAUUAUGUGAUAUUUAGGCUUUCUUCGAUGUCUUGUGUUCUAUUCCAUUAUGUACUUAUUUAAACGUUAUUUGUGUUUAUAGUUAUCAUUAAUUAUGUACAUUUUGUUAGGUAAGACAACGUCUUAGUAUUUACUAGGCUGACUUAGUAUACUAUAAUGUAGAUAGAUAAUUCGUAAGUUUAGUGUCUUAAUUCUAUUUUUAAGGGAAAAGCUAUGCAUAAUGGUGCUAUUUUUUGUAAAUUACUAUUUGCUUGUAUAUUCAUUGUAAAUAUAUCUGUGAUAAUUUGAA